UAUCACAUGCGCGAGUCAUUACUUUAUCAGACAUUAAAAAGUGGAUUUAGAACAAUAGAUUCGUUAUCGGUAUAUUUAAAUUGAUAAAACGUAUUCAAUUUACAAUAAGAUUAUGCUGAUUUUUCUUUUAUCUUUUUACCGAUAAAAUAACAUUAUUUGAGUUGAAGAUUUUCUGUUCUUACAAAUAAAAGGAAGAAGGAAAAAUGACUAUUCGUCACCACCUUAAAGGAUACAAUGAUUUUGUGAAAUUUUUUGAAAAUUUAAAAACUGAAGAACUAGUCUUUGUUUUAUACACAGGUGCAAAGCUUGAAAAUGGUCAAAGCUGGUGUCCCGAUUGUGUGGAAGCGGAGCCAUUUAUAGAAGCCGGAUUAAAAACACUCCCUGAGAGGUCCCAUUUUGUUGAGGUUCAAGUAGGAGACAGAGCAUUCUGGAAAGAUCCUAAUUGCAUAUUCCGUAAAGAUAAUAAAACUCAAUUGAAGGUGCUACCAACAUUGGCUCUAUGGGGAACUCAGAAACGUUUACAAGGUAGUGAGUGCCAAAGCGAAGUACUUCUUGAUAUGUUAUUUACAGAAAAAGAUGAUUAAAAUUGUCUAUUUUAUAUAUAUGGUGCCAUUAUUUUAUAAUUCAAAAAAGUAUUGAAUAUUCUCUUAAGUAAAUUUUUGAUAUUUGCAAGUAAAUUGUUGAUACUAUAGUUAAAAAUAUGUUUUUUUAUUUGAUAAUGGUUUUUCCAUUACUUAUUUUAUAAAAGAAAAUCACGGAAUGAAUUAUUAUAUUUAAUUU